UUUUUUAAAUUGAAAUAUUUAAACGAAUCAAUGAUGCGCCAGACUUCAUCGACCAAGUCUUUCAACAGGUACCAAGAUUACCAAAAGGAUGAUUGCUCAGGAAAGCAAAAAUUUGAAAGAAAAGCAAGUAAAAAGGAGAUUUAUCAAGAUAUGAAUAAGGAAAAUAACUUCUACUCGAAUGAUCACAAGAUCAGGAGCAAUGCAGACCAUAAUCCUGCCGCUUCUUUGGUCACACAAGUCCCACAAGGAGCAUCGAAACCUGCUGUAGAUCCUACCCAAAUUAUGCAAUUAGAGUCCGAACAAGAGCAUAUUGUACUAGGGCCUCCCAAGACCCCAGGCAAAAAGUGAUUAGUAUUGGAUCUGGAUGAAACCCUUGUUCAUAGUAGUUUUACUCCAGUCGAAAAUUGUGACUUAAUACUACCUGUCGAAAUAGAUAGCCAGACUUGUUAUGUUUAUGUCAUGAAAAGACCUGGAGUUGACAUUUUUCUGGAAAAACUCUCAUUACAUUAUGAGCUGAUAAUAUACACUGCUUCUCUUUCAAAGUAUGCCAAUCCUUUACUUGAUUGGUUAGAUCCGAAAGGCCUCUGAGAUUACCGACUAUUCAGAGAGCAUUGUACUUUCCAUAACAAUAUUUUUGUGAAAGAUUUAUCAAGGAUUGCAAGACCUCUCAAGCAUACUAUUAUCAUUGAUAAUAGCCCGAGCUCCUACAUGUUCCAUCCUGAAUGAGCUAUUCCUACAACAUCUUGGUAUGAUGAUCCAACUUGCACUGAGCUCUACCAAUUCAUCCCAAUUCUUGAGUGCCUUUCUAAGGUUAGUGAUGUGAGACCGUUCUUACAAGCAUUUGUUAAGGACAAUAAAGUUCAGUUUUCAAAAGCAAACCAGGUCUUGAGAGGUGGCAAAAUUGAUAGCAGAGCUCAAUCUCAGCCCCAUUUCAAGGUUCAAGAAGAGAAAUACUCAGAUUCUUCAAAGAAGAGGAAAGAUAAAAGAUCUGGCUACAAAAAGAGGACAACAAGUGAGAGAAGGAAUUAUAAGCCAAGCUCCAACUAUCAGAGGCAUUCCAACUUAGCCACCGAAAGCAUGUCAACUUCAAAAUACCAGUCAAAAUACUCAUCAUCAUAUAAAUUUGAUGAGAAGGAGUCUUAUUCAGCUAAGCAUUCCACUACAAAAUUGGAUAAAACGACUCCCAAGACGAACAAGUAUUACUCAAAGACAGAUUGUAACGUUGACAAGUACAGGAAUAAGCAUGGCAGUAGCUCUAAAUACUCAGCUUUUGAGAAACAGAGUGAAAGACACUCCUCUAGAAAGAGAGAAAGAAGUGAAAAGUACAGGUCAAAGCAAGGAUCUCGAAAGAGCAGUCGCACAAAGUACAGCUCUUAUAGAAGACAGAAUAGCAAAGACGAGGGGAGUUUCAGACACAAAGAAAGAGGAUCCAGUACUCAUGCUAGACCCCAAUCUGCGAAGGAUCCAAGUUACAAGGCUGAAGAAAAGCUGAAAGCAUCCAUUUCAAACUGUGAUUACAAGAAUCCUGAUGAGUUUCAUAAGCUGCGCUAUUCACUGGCAACAAAGAAUCCCAAGCCACGGAGGCCUUCCAGUGCUAAGAGAAAAGAUGAUAAUCCGUUACAAGAAAAUUAUAAAAACCCCAAGGCAUCUCCUGAGUUCACUUUUUCAGGUCAAGGGAAGUUAUACAAUUAUGAGAAGAGCCAAUUCCUUGAAAAUGUUGAAUCCAAAGAUAAGAAAUCUAAAGAAAGUAAUAAGCAAGCUCAAUCUAAGUUCUCCCAAUACGAGCUAAGCAAAAAUAAGAUUUAUGAGUCAAGGAAGAGCUCACAUAGAGAAGGCAGAAAAAGAUCUUCCUCCAGAGACAGGACAAAGGAUUCUCCAAGUGUUAAAAAUUCGGAGAAUUACAAGCAUAGGCCAAGGCAGAGCAGAAGCCGUUCAAGUAAAGCAGAGAGAAGAUCUCAGAACCGGUCGUCUAGUAGAGUGAACGACAAGCAUUCUCAGAAGGUUAAACCCUCAACUCAAUCAACCCAUCCCUCCAAGACAUCUUUUCAUAACACUGCAAGUUUGAAAUUUAAUAACAUUUUGAAAGACAUGGGCACACCAAGUGGUGUAGAGAAGUCAUCCCAGUUUUUCAACUACACAGAAAAAGUGAGAGGAGAGAACACAAGGCCUACAACUUCAACUAAGACACAUCUUGAUACUGAAAACCAUGCUUCAAAGCCCUUUUUGGAUAUUGAGAGGCAUGCUUCCAAGUAUACCAACAACAUGGAGAUCUCUCUGAAAUCUAAAGAUGGAGCUUUGAAACCUAAUGAGAUUUUUAGAAUGAAUAGUAAUAAUAACCAUCAUUAUAAUUACAUGUACAACACUCAGGGAGCGAUGAAGGAGUCUAAAUCUACCACUAAGUUUGGAAAUAAUGACUCCUACCUAAACACAAGUGCUAGAGGAAAGAACCAUGUCAUUAGCGCCUCUUCAAUAAAUAAAGACAGCAAGAUUUCAAAGAAGUUGAAGAUGUCAUCUAGAGGAAGUACUAAGCCUCAGAAUCCUUCUAUUCCAUUCCCAAAUAGCGAGAAGCAUUAUUCUUCAAAACUUAACUCGGGUGGGUAUGCUCCAAGGACCAGGGACAGAUAUUACCCAAGAGGAGACAAAGAGAAUAAAUUUAAUGAUUAAUUAAACAUGAACUAUCACC